AUGCCGCCGUCCCCGUCACCGCCGCGGCUGCCGGGGCAGCCACCGGAGUUCAAGCACUUCUGCCGGGUAUGCAACAAGGGGUUCACGUGCGGCAGCGCGCUCGGCGGGCACAUGCGAGCCCACGGCGCCAGCGACGUCGACGGGUUCGGCGCCGACGACGACUCGCUCGGCGACGAGGCGUCCGCCGCGCGGUGCCGCGGCUCGGAUGAUCAGUGGGACGCGGUGGGGACAUCGUCGUCGGCGACGCACGCGUACGCGCUCCGGGCGAACCCGAACCGGCUGAUCAGGAGCUGCCAGGUGUGCAAGAACUGCGGGAAGGAAUUCACGUCGUGGGAGCUUUUUCUUCAGCAUGGCAAGUGCAACUCCGAGGACGAGGCGGACGAGGUGGGGGGUGGGUCCGGCUCGCUGCGCUCGUCGUCGCCCCCGUCCGACGCCGAUGGCGAGGAGGAUCCGGCGGUGGCGGCCGCGUGGUCAAAAGGGAAGCGUUCGCGCCGCGUCAAGCUGAUGAUCGGGGGAGAGGACCAUUCAUCCAUGGCGUCGUCUCGACAGGAAACGUCAGGAGAGGAGGAGGACCUUGCCAAUUGCCUUGUCAUGCUCUCCUCAUCGAACGUUGGCCAGACAACAGUUGUCCACACCGACAAGCAGGAGCGGCGCGCAUCGACUGCUAAGGAAGGUGACGGAUCAGGACCGGCAUUGCAAUUGCAGCCGAUCUCCUUUUUCGUCCCACCACCGGAGCCGAUUGUGGCAUUGCCCUCAGCAGUGGCGCCGCCGCCACAAUACAUCACGCCCUCAUCACGCAACGUAUUCGAGUGCAAGGCCUGCAAGAAGGUGUUCACCUCGCACCAAGCUCUCGGCGGGCACCGAGCCAGCCAUAAGAAAGUAAAAGGUUGUUUCGCGGCCAAGUUCGAAAGCAAUGCCAGUGAGCCAACACGCCACUCAGCCCUAGGUGAUUCCAACAAUAUCACCGGCAAGGGUGCGAUCGUGGAUGAAGUCAAUACAGGCGUGAACACGGAGGCUAAGACAAGUAUUUAUGCUGCUACUAGUGAUCUUGACACCAAGGCAAGGACAAGUGAGGUAGCAGCAUCACUAUCAAUGUCGCUCGCGCCCGUUGGACACAACUCACCGGUCGCUGCGCUCACCGUCGCAGCACCAUGUAAGAAGAACUCCAAGAUGCACGAGUGCUCUGUGUGCCACCGCUUGUUCACCUCCGGGCAGGCACUCGGAGGUCACAAGCGAUGCCACUGGCUGACCUCGAGCACGGCGGACCCCUGCAACUCGGUGGCUAACAUGAUCCCACCUCUAACUGAAGACAUCAUCGGUGUAGUCAGGCACCAGCUUACCCUCCGACAAAUGGUGGACGCGCCGGAGCCGGCGCUCGACCUCACCAUCGCAGCGAACCCAGCAGCACUAGCAGCUUCCGUGGCGCGACCCGAGGCCGGAAGCAGCUCUUUCCAUCUUGAACCUCUAGCACCGGUACAUUUACAGCCACUGGCCGUCGCGGUACCUAGUACUGGAAGCCACCGAAAAAAGACUACAGCGACAAGCAGCCACCACGGCGCCGACAAGGUCGCGGAGGACGACGAGGCGGACAGCACCACAGCCAAGAGAGCUAAGCUCAGCGAUCUCAAGGAUGUGGUGAGCAUGGACGGGGAGCCCACGGGGCCAUGGCUUCAGGUUGGCAUUGGCUCCUCAUCGGCCGGAGGGGAUGACAAGAGCCGGGAGUCAGCUAUUAAUUAA